AUGGCCUCCGUCUCUGAGCUCGCCUGCAUCUACUCCGCCCUCAUCCUCCAGGACGACGAGGUGACAGACACAGAGGAUAAGAUCAAUGCCCUCAUUAAAGCAGCUGGUGUCAAUGUUGAACCUUUCUGGCCUGGCUUGUUUGCAAAGGCCCUGGCCAAUGUCAACAUUGGGAGUCUCAUUUGCAAUGUAGGGGCUGGUGGGCCUGCACCAGCAGCCGCAGCCGCACCAGCAGGCGGUCCUGUCCCCUCCACUGCUGCUGCCCCAGUCGAGGAGAAGAAAGUGGAAGCAAAGAAGGAAGAAUCCAAGGAGUCUGAUGACGACAUGGGCUUUGGUCUUUUUGACUAG